AGGGACUGUCCGACUCACUUGUUUUGUUACAACCUCUUGCUUACCACGGUUCGUUUUAAACGCUGCCGCAAGAAUUGUUUAAGACUCGAUCCGCCUACGAUCGGUUUUGCUGUGAACUAAACGCAAGGAUGAACGGAAGCAACAUUACCGCUUCUCCACUUAUCACCACUCACGAUGUCGUUUUUGCUACAUUGUACUCUUCCAUCGUGUUCUUCGGCGUCACGGCAAAUGGCAUAAUCAUCACCAUUGUAAGGAAAACACGAACCAUGCACACAACAACAAACUAUCUGUUGAUGAACUUGGCUAUAGCCGAUUUUCUAACGUUGUUAUUUUGUCCGGGUUUCUACGACUUUGCACUACACAAGUUUCAAUUGGGUUCCGGGACACUGGGUGACAUCUUUUGCAAGUUUAUUGCAGGAAAUGCAAUCGUUUGUGUCUCUUUCGAUGCCUCUGUGUUAACUCUGUGUGCCAUUGCAAUGGAGCGCUACCUUGGUAUUGUCAAACCUUUCAACAAACGUUGGGCUCUGACCAAAAAGAAUGUAAAGUUUAUUAUUCUUGUUAUUUGGGUCACAGCUGCUUUUUCAAGCUUUCCAGAUACGCUAUGGACGAAGCACAAUAACGAAGACAUAUUGUCGCCACGGCGGUAUCCCUGCACGCGUCCAUGGACAGUUAAGAACCAGACUUGGAACGUCAAAGCUUACAUCCUUGGCCAUUCUGUCGCUCUAAUUGUGCUCCCUUCAAUUUUUCUUUGCUUUUGCUAUAUUUCAAGUUCCGCAGCACUUAAGUCAAGCGCAGGUGAACCGGAUGAAGAUCCCGCUAGCAAACGGAACAUGAAAAGGCUCUUAAAGCUUCUAAUCUCGUUAGCUUUGGCAUUUUGCUUACUCUGCCUUCCAUUUGCUGUCUUCUUUUUAUAUGUCACCGCACUCGCCCCUAGUCAUUUAGAGCAAAGUUUUAAACCGUUGUUCCUGGCACACAGAAUCGUUCGUUUUUUGAUAUUUUCUAACUCAUUCAUAAACCCUCUUCUUUACGCUGCUCAAAGCAAAAACUACAGAAAAGUUCUGUUUCAGAAACUUGGUCUUAAAAACAACACACGUAACACAGAAAACGAAGCCGCAGUCAGAGCCAGAGCGGAGAAACAUAGAAUAUAUUAUGAAACAGCCGUUUAAGACGAUUGUCGCAAUAAAGAAAGAUCAUUUUCACAUAUUUGUCAAGAGUGUGGUUCGUGGAAAAAACAUUUCAUUCUUACUUGACGAAUGGAAAGAAAGACAAAGAAAGAGAAACGAAUCGAAAGUGGAAUCGAAGCCUAUUUGCUUAACAGUCUCGAUAACUUAGUUAAAAUUUGUGGAACACGAAACUACAAAACACCUGUUUAGGGUGAGCUAAACUACAGACUAAGUUUACAUGCGAAAAGCGUCCCUACGACUGCUAAGAUUAACAGUUGGUCGGAGGCAUCAGAUGAGGAGCUUGAAGAAGAUCAUAUGUAUUAAACUCAGUCGCGAAAUAUUUCCAGAGAGGAAAUCCACAAGUAUGCACCUUUUGUUUUUUUAGCAAACUGAAUAUACCGCUGACAACUGCGAACAAUGAGAUAACAGUCGAACCCAAGAUAGAAAAUCGUCUGAUGCAAAUAAUGUUUCGUUGAAUUAAGCUGUCAGUUGUAAGAUUCCUCAAGAGUUGGCCAUCCGGCAAUACCGCCGAAUUUAUGGAGACGCACAACCGUCCAUUGGAAGAGAUUCAAUAA